UCUCGGACUGUUAAGACCGAUCUGAAAAUCACUUUUCGCACCAGCUUUUUUAAUCAUCCGGCAAGGAAGGAAAAGCAGGUUUCUAAAGGAUUACCGCAUGAAACAAACUGCAAACAAGUGCGCUUUCCCCGCUGCUGUUUGCUGAGCGGCAUUCAUCACGAUGGACUAACUAAUUGUCCAGGAAAAAUACAAUAAAAAUGAGGAUUUAGAGCAACGCGUGAGCCCCGCCUGUCUGUCCAAUCUGAAGUUUUUUGGGGUUUUUUUUGGAGGGGGGGACGCUUGAAAGUUUUUGAAACUGUUAAUCGAAGCUCAUUAUGAAAAUGCUGUCGAUGGGAAAAUAAUGACAGUUGACACCGCGGGAUCCCGAGCACAGUAAGGAGAAUGUGGUCCCAUUUCACGUUUCUGUGGUGUCGAUUUUGGAAAUGGAAUUUCCGAAGUGUCCUCUGUGUGCUCAUUCUACUUCAGCAGACGUAUAUGCAGCGUACAGCAGACCACGACUGUCCCGUUGACUGCAGGCAAGUCCUCAGCGACCCCAAUGGAACCUUUACAUCGCCCUGUUACCCUAACGAGUAUCCCAAAUACACGUCGUGCAAGUGGACCCUCCAGGCCCCCGUGGGAUUUAUUAUACAGAUAACCUUCCUAGACUUUGAACUGGAGGAGACCCCCAAGUGCAUCUUUGACAACGUCACGAUUCACAACGGAAAGGAUGAGCUCACCUUCUGCGGCCUGACUCUGAACAAGUCGACGUUAAACUCGACUGGUAAUUCCAUGACUGUGACUUUCUCCACCGACUUUAGCAUCCAAAAGAGGGGCUUCAAUGUCAGCUACAGGCAAGUUGCUGUUUCACUGCGGAAUCAGAAGGUGACAAUUCCACAAAAUAAAAUUCACGUGGUGUCUUCAGCAUCCAACGUGACCAUCCCAGCCCUCCAACGGUUUACUGUGUGUCUUGAAGCCAAGCGCGCCGGCCUCAACAACAAGGACUGGAAACUUUUUUCUUACAUGGACUCUUCAUCUACAGAUCUGCUGAGUUUUGGGAAGUCAUCCUCAUCCUUUGUGCUAAACGUGCUGGGUCACGACUGUGACGUCAGUGGUGCUGUGACACUCUACCCAGAUGGGGAACUCUUUUCCUUAGAAAUGACUCCAUUCUGCCUCGCAUGGAAUGGCUCUCUCGGCGAGCUGAGUGUUUUCACGAAAAGCAGCCAGGCCUCCUGUCUUUGCCCAAACCUGACCAACAAAGUCAUUCCAGGGAAUGGAUUAUUUCUGCUCGGUUCAAAUUCUAAAAAUUUUGAGAGUGCAAAUCUUGAUGUUUACAAUGUUCGCUUCUGGGCAUCAGCCAUGAGCAGCCAGAAACUUUCCAGUCUUACCUGUGAUGAAAAGGGGAGCGUUAUAGACUGGGACAACGAUUACUGGAGCAUCCACCCCAACUACCUGAAGACAGAAGUCAACUUAAGCUGUGUUUGCUACCCAAGUUGCUCUCAACUAACAACAACUACCCCAUCUAGUGGUACGGCAGUGGCAUCACCCACAGAUGUCGUAACAACCAGCUGUUCAUUAUCUGGACUUGGGUGCCCAGCCACCAAAACUUCUAUCACAACUCCCGUUAUUUUCACCACCCUGCCAACUAACAGCCUCACCGAAAAUACACAGGCCAUUUUUUCCACCAAAACUUCUAUCACAACUCCCGUUAUUUCCACCAUCCUGCCGACUAACAGACCCACUGAGAGUUCGCAAACCGUUGUUUCCACCAAAACCUCUAUCACAACUCCCGUUAUUUCCACCAUCCUGCCAACUAACAGCCUCACCGAGAGUUCGCAAACCGUUCUUCCCACCAAAACUUCUAUCACAACUCCUAUUAUUUCCACCGUCCUGCCGACUAACAGCCUCACAGAGAGUUCGCAAACCGUUGUUUCCACCAAAACUUCUAUCACAACUCCCGUUAUUUCCACCAUCCUGCCAACUAACAGCCCCACCAAGAGUUUGCAAACAGUUCUUUCCAACAAUACCUCAGUCACGACACCCAUUACUUCCACCACCCUGCUAACUAACACCAUCACCGAGAGCACGCAAAACGGUUUUACAUUAAUUCCUCCUACGCCAUCCCUUGUCACCACUAACAUGACUGAUACUAACACAAGUGUAGACGAUGGAUUGUACUACCGGCUUUCAUUUGUUAUUUAUGAUAACCAACAUCUCGCUAACGAGCAGGACGUGGAAAAUGCAGUCGGCGCCUGGCUGAACCAGACAUUUGAAAACUGGACGCAUACAGUUUACGUAGCCAAUGUGAGCAUUCAACCUAAGAGUGCAGCAAGAAGUAAAAGAAGUACUGCAAGUUACAUCUGCAAUGUCCUACUCAUUCAGAUAUACAAGAAUGAUACCGUUUUACUAGAGACAACAAUCCAGGAACGAAUAAUGAAUAAUAAAGAGUCAUUACCACAAGAUUUAAAAGUCGACCAGUUACAUGUGAUUCAAGUCGAAAACUGCAAGAAAGAAGAAUAUCCUCCAUCUUACAAGUGGCCUGAAAGCAGGCCUACAGUAGUUCAAUACCUGCCGUGCUUUUAUAAUAAAUCUCAAAAUGCAUCACGGACCUGCUUGCUGAAUCUGAUGAAUUAUACAUCCUUUUGGGGUCCAAUGGAACUGAGUAACUGCAUAAGUGGUGACAUUGACAGUCUCUCUGUCUCAGCUGAAAAUGCAGCCGAAAUUGCCACUCAACUCAAAGACAUAACGAAUACUGAGCUUACCACUGAUCAAGUAAACAAAAUUGUCAGCAAGCUAAAGGAGUUAAUCAGCGUAGCACAGAUCAACGAGUCUUUGGCGACCACCGUGGUGGAAGUGUUUUCCAAUGUCCUGAGUAGCCCUGAUGAAGCUUUAGCGCAUUCGUCAGAUGUAGCCCUAAAAACAGUUGAUGAAUUAGCAAUGAAAAUCCUUUUUACUGGCCCAUCCAUCGCCAUCACAUCCAAAAAUCUUGCAUUGGGAAUUUCAGCUCUGAAUCAAAGCACUUUCAAUGGGACAGCUUUCUCUGCAGGGUCACCUAUGAGGUCUGAUGAACUCCAGGUCAAUUUUGAGAGAGACCAGCAGAAUGCACUGGCAGAAGUUAUCCUCCCUCCAAGUUUACUGCUUAAUUUGAACGAAGGCCUACUUGAUACCGUUUCCCGAAUUCAGUUUGCUUUCUUUACCAAAACAGGACUUUUUCAGGACCAGAAUAAAAACAAGUUAUCAUUAGUGGUAGCGACGAGUGUUGGAAAUGUUUCCAUUAAGAAUCUUAAAGAUCCCGUCAUGAUUGUCAUUCAACAUACGCAAAAGCAGAUAAAUUCAACCUUCAAACCAUUUUGUGUUUUCUGGGACUUCAAAGCCAAUGAUGGCAGUGGAGGGUGGAGUGGUGAUGGCUGCCACGUGGGCCCUGAAUCGAAUGGAAACAGCACGGUGUGCUUAUGUUACCAUCUCACGCAUUUUGGGGUGUUAAUGGAUAUUUCAGGAGCCGCCCCUCAGAUUGAUGCACGGAACACAAAGAUUUUGACGUUCAUCUCUUACAUUGGCUGUGGCAUUUCUGCAGUUUUCUCAGCUGCCACCCUACUGACUUACUUGGCUUUUGAAAAACUACGUCGGGACUAUCCUUCCAAGAUUCUAAUGAACCUCAGCACAGCCCUCCUGUUCCUCAACAUGUUCUUCUUAUUAGAUGGCUGGCUGGCUUCUUUCAGAAUCGAUGGUUUUUGCAUAGCAGUGGCAGCUUUCCUCCACUUUUUCCUCUUGACGUCUUUCACAUGGAUGGGACUUGAAGCCGUGCACAUGUACAUCGCGUUGGUCAAAGUCUUUAACACGUACAUCAGGAGAUACAUCCUCAAGUUCUGCAUUGUUGGCUGGGGUCUUCCUGCCAUUACAGUUACUAUUGUCGUUGCAAUUGACCGAAACUUUUAUGGAAAGAAGUUUUAUGGCAAAGAUGAAAAUACAGGAGAAUAUUCUGAGUUCUGCUGGAUUGAAAACCAAAUCGUUUUCUACAUCACCUGCGUCGCCUACUUUGGAAUCGUUUUCCUGCUGAAUGUUGCCAUGUUUAUCGUGGUGAUGGUUCAGAUCUGCGGAAGGAACGGGAAGAGAACCAACCGCACGAUGAGGGAGGAAGUUCUGCGCAACCUCCGGAGUGUCGUCAGCUUGACAUUCUUGCUGGGGAUGACUUGGGGCUUUGCAUUUUUUUCCUGGGGCCCAGUCCACCUCGCUUUUACUUACCUUUUUGCAAUUUUUAACUCCCUGCAAGGUUUAUUUAUAUUUGUAUUUCACUGUGCGCUGAAAGAGAACGUUCAGAAGCAAUGGAGGAGAUAUCUGUGCUGUGGUAGAUUCCGUCUGGCGGAAAAUUCAGACUGGAGUAAAACAGCCACCAAUACAAAGAAAGUCAGUUCUGAUAAUUUGGGAAAAUCGUUAUCGUCCAGCUCCUUUGGAUCGUCUUCAGCCAACUGGCAGGCCAAAUCCAGCUUCAACCCCUUUGCCAGGCGAAAGGGUAAGACAGGUCAAGGCUACGUCGACCAAGGCAAAUCAAAAUGCGGCCAGCUGGAGGCAGACCAGACGUCAAUCAUCCCCGUACACCAAGUUAUCGACAAAGUGAAAGGAUACUGCUCGGUCCGUUCAGAUAAUUUCUACAAGAAUAUUUUCAUGUCUGACAGCUUCAGUCACAGCACUAAAUUCUAGGAAGCUUGUGUCACAGUUGAGAACUUCCGAAAAUAUCAUUGGUACAAGUUAGUGAAAACUUAUAAUGCUACAAAAGUUUGAACAAACAGUUUAACGCUCAAGUAUAUAAUUUGUUAAAGUCAUUCGUUUUCUGCUACCAGGAGAGUUUUCCCUGAUUUAUCCAGUCACGUCAAAUUGCACCGUUAAAAUGGCGAAAAAGCCAGAAAUUAUUUCAAUGGAACAAAACCAUAACAUAUUUUUUUUAAUUUAUAAAUUUAUAAUUAAUUCCUUUUUCAAACCUGCUUUUUAAACAUGGAAUCGGAGUAGAAAAAAAAUGUGCCUCAUGAUUUGCGUAAAGUGAAGGAAAUACAUGCAAUUUUUACAUUUUCAGGGAAGGACACUUAUGCCAAAUUUAGGUGAAUGGUUUUGUUUUUUUUCUUUUAUGAAAUAUUUAGCAAGAAAUUGAUCCAAAAUAAUGAAGUGACAGUGAGGGUAAGAGAUGGGAUUGGAGUUUAAGCUCUAGAAUGAUCGAGUAAAAGUUGGCUUUGGUCAAUUGGAUAUAGUUGGGUGUUUGUUGCCCCUCAGGAAACAUGAAAAAUGAAAAAAAAAAUGUAGAAAACUUAAACAAAAAACCAGUAAGUCUUAAAAUGUCUUACUUAAAAUGUGAAGUUGUGGCCCUUUGAGCAUAAAGACCUUUCUGUGAUGUCAGAGAGAGACUUUGAAGCUGAUUGGUUGAAGGUGAACGAGUCUCCUUUAAUUGUGUUCCAGGAACAACACAAACCUGACCAAAUGCGUCACUGAUUUUCAUAUAAAAUCAUUUGCUCUACAGCUCGGUGUUUGAAUUGUUUCUGUGGGAUUUCAACUAUCAGCAUCGCUUUGCGAGCAAAGAUCUCAGGAGCUCAUCCAUAUCAUAAGAUUAAUGAUUAUUCUCAUCGUUCUGUUAGGCCGUUGUAGACAAAAAGAUUAGAAAUAGGAAGGAAUCAAGGUGGGAAAUGAGAAAGGGGAAAAAAGUAACAAAGUCUCUAACCAAAAAAAUCAUCCAAGCCAAUCAUCAAACCCAAAACUCUAACCAAAAAAAGUUAUCGAUACCAAAGAUUUGAACUAUCUACACCAGGGGUAGGCAGCAUCGGUCCUGGAGGGCCGCAAUGGCUGCCAGUUUCUGUUCCCACCCAGUUUUUUUUUUAAUGAGAAGUCAAGUAUUGCUGAUGAAGCACUAAUUGCUCGAGUGACGUUUUGAUGUUUCAUUUCAGUGGUCUCGCUUGCUAAGGUUCCCCACCCUUAAUUAGUUAUUUGAAUCUUAGACAGCUGCAUUCACUCUUUUUAAUUGGCUCCUUAUUAGCAAUAAGAUGCAAAUGACAAAGGAGCCAGCAGUUCUCCAUCUAACGUCUUUCCAUUCACACCUGUGCAAAUUCAUCACACACUAUCUGGUUUAAGAAAACACUUAAGAGAAAAAUGUGACAGACUGAAAAUUAUCCAACCUAACCUACAACAACCUAACAGCCAUAAAAUGAAAUAAGGUCUGAGAUUGGCAAGGAUUGCUGUCUAAUUAAGCAAAUGGGUUGGAACAAACACCUGCAGCUACUGCGGCCCUCCAAGAUCAACGUUGCCCACCCCUGAUCUACACCACAAGGGCUUCCACAAAGUUAAACUUCAGUCUUUGUACUGUCAUGCUGAUGAAGUUACUUGUCGUGAUUUCCAGUCAUUGUGGGGUAGCAAUUGUGUUCGUUGUCGACACCUGAAGAAAAGGCUCUGUGAAGCACAAAAUGGUGGUGCGUGUGAAAUCAAAGAUGGCUGUGAGGUAAUAAUAGAAAUAGAAUUUCAUAAAAUAGCAACACCAAAAAAAGCGAGUCAAAAUCCAUCCAUUAUCUAACCCGCUAUAUCCUAACUACAGGGUCUGCUG